UCCUCACCUCACCUCACCUCACCUCCUCGACUCCUCCUCCUGCAAAGAGCGAAGCAAUGGAAGCUCUGAACGGAUGCCUCUACUUCCCCAUGCACCAUGACAGCCUCAACCAUGACUUUGCCUUGAGAAGAUUUUGCCCUGCCAGGUUAGAGCAGGAACAAGGCCAACCGGGGCAGCGGCAGGAGGAGGACGACACACUGUGGAUCCAGAUCGAUCCGCACUGUUCACCCAAUUGCGACCAUGACAACGCCCCUCAUCUAACUUCCUCAUCUGAGGUCGACGAAUUUGUCGACAGCUUCAUCAACGUGGGAGAUCAUCAUAUUCAUGACCAUGUGGGUGAAAUUGAUGGCACUGUCAUAUCCUUGGAUCAAUUUGAAGAGGACACCGGAGGGUUCUCCUUCUCCACGGCAAAUGAUGCGUGCGGAGAUCACGUCCCUCUCAUGAUCAACAGCAUUGAAGGGGAUGAGAUGGACAUCAUCACAGAGAAGUCGAAUCAGAACUCCGAGAAUGCUCAAGGCACGGUCAAUCAGGAGGCAAGCCAAGGAGUCGACCAAGGACUCCACUUGGUCCACUCGUUGCUAGCGUGCGCUGAGGCGAUGGGUUGCCGAGACAUGCAACUUGCCGACUCUCUACUCUCUCAAAUCUGGGGCUCGGUCACCUGGCUCGGCGACUCUCUCCAGCGUGUUGCCUACUGCUUUGCAGUCGGAUUGAAGUCCAGACUCUCCCUUCUUCACAAUGUCAACAUGAAUGGCACUUUUUCCACAACUACCCCAACUAACUCACCAAAUGACAUGUCCCCUCCUCCCAUUAGCAGGGAGGAAAAGUUGGAAGCUUUCCACCUCCUCCACCAAACCACUCCUUACAUUGCCUUCGGCCACAUGGCGGCCAAUGAAGCAAUUCAUCAAGCUGCUCGCGGGAGUGAUUCGCUGCACAUCAUCGAUCUAGGACUCCAACACACAUUGCUCCAGUGGCCCUCUCUGUUGAGAACUCUGGCCUCCAGGACAGAGGGCCCACCAAGAUCGCUCCGGAUCACAGGACUAAUUGGUGAUCCUGAUCACUCCCCAAUGAUAGAAUCUGCCAUGACAUCCCUCACUCACGAGGCCGCUUCAUUAGGUAUAAUUUUCCAAUUCAACAUCGUGACGGAUCCGCCGACCCCGUCGCUCUUCACCAAAGAGAAACUCGGGAUAGUGGAAGGAGAGGCGUUAUACGUGAACAGCAUAAUGCAGAUGCACCAGUACGUGAAGGAGAGCCGAGGCUCACUCAAGUCCAUCCUCCAGGCCAUUAGGAAGCUUGGACCGACCCUACUGACUGUGAUUGAGCAGGACGCAAACCACAACGGGCCCUUCUUCCUAGGGCGGUUCCUGGAGUCGCUCCACUAUUACUCGGCCAUAUUCGACUCCCUGGAGGCAAGCCUGCCUAGGAACAGCGUGCAGAGGAUGAAAAUUGAGGGGAAUCACUACGCGGAGGAGAUAAGGAAUGUGGUGGCCUGCGAGGGGUCAGAGAGGAGGGAGAGGCAUGAGAGGGCGGAUCAAUGGCGGAGACAGCUGGGCAGGGCCGGAUUUCAGGGGGUGGGUCUCGGGAAGUGCAUGAGCCGAGCCAGGAUGAUGUUGUCGGUCUAUGGCUGCGACGGGUACACGCUUGGCACCGACAAGGGCUGUCUUCUUCUUGGGUGGAAAGGCAGGCCCAUCAUGCUUGCUUCUGCAUGGCAAGUCCCAUCGUCGUCGUCAUUGUCGUCGUCCUCCUCCUCAUUGCCGCCUUCGUGAGUGAAUUGUCAUCUGGAAGUAGCUUGAACCAGCCAAAGAAACUGGUUACAAAACAAUAAUGAGGUGGGACUCCAGGGUAUCAAAGUUGUAUGCCCGGCAGUAGCCAUGAAUUCGUCGAAGCAUCAGAAAUUUCUUGGGAAAUGAUUUCAAAUCAUAGUAUUGGUUUUUUAAAUUGAGCAGCCCAAGCAUAGGGGGUACUGAUCUGUUUUUAUUUUUUUGGGGGUUGAAAAUGGGUACUGAUCUUCUACUUCA